GAAAUGUUUAUUUCAAAAUUCGAAACGGCGGUCAAAUUCUCUACUCUCCAGUGACGAAACUCACAAACCCUUGAAAUCUCAAUUCACCAGUCACACUUAAAUCAAUCAUGGAGAAGAGACUUCACUCAUCUCUUAAGAAUUCUGCGGAAGAAUUUCUAAAAUCAGCAACAAAAUCAAACCUAAAAUCAGUAAAACCCUCACUCAAUACCCUAAUUUCUCGUAUAACUCCAUCUUCUGAACUCACUACUUCUCUUCCUUUAGCUCUUCACCAAUCAAUCGCUCGAUCUAUUGAUUCAGUCAAAGAAUCGAACAACGGAGACGACAACGAGGACGGAAGAUCUUCAUCUCGUUCACCUCCAGUGAAACGAGUUCGAAGAUCUUCAAGAAAGAAAGGAGGAGCAAAAGAAUCUGCACAAGAUGAUGAAGAGAACUGUUCUAAUCAUCCUGGUAAGGUAUCAAACUCGAGGAAACAAGAUAUUUUGGAGAAUCUUCAGAUCUAUGCUCAUAUUACUUAUCUAUGUGUUACUCAUCCGAAGAAGAUAUUUAUAUGUCAGGACCUUUUACCAUGUGUGCAAUUAUUGCACGAUAAUCUUAUUUUGUUUGAGUCUGAUCAGUUGUUAUUAUCUGAGGUUGCUAAUUUAUGUGAAGAGUGGUGGAAAGAAGAUUUACCUGGUAGAGAAACCCUAAUUUCACAGUUUUUACCAGUCCUUUUAUCGAAAUCGUUGACAUUGCAAAAGAAGGUUGACGUGAGGAGAAUUUAUAGUAUACGUGAGGCGUUUACGCUGUUUGAUUUUGAGGAUGAGAGUAUUGAGGAUUUGAAACUUUUGUUAAUUCGAUGUAUUAUUACGCCUGUUUAUCUGAAGACUGAUGAAGGGAGGAGGUUUAUAGCGUUUUUGUUUGGAUUGAGUGGUCAGUUACUGAAGGAAGCAUUGGCCAUAAUUAAGUCUCAGAUUCCUUUUGGUAGGAAAUCUAUGUUGGAGGCAUAUGCAGAUGUUCUGUUUCGAGCUUGGAAGGCAUCUGAAGGCACUUUGAGAGAUGAAAUUGAGAAUGGGUUUAUGCAGGGUUUGAUUGAGGGAGCAGUUUAUGCUAGUUCAGCGGUAUUUGCAGCGUCGAUAAGAAGGGUUUUAGGUAAAUUUAUUAGUCAGAGGACUGUUGAUGGUGUUGAAAAGCUUUUGUUUCGCCUCGCUGAGCCUGUGUUAUUUAGGUCACUCCAGGCUGCAAACUCAAAUGUUCGUCAAAAUGCGCUGCAUUUACUGUUAGACAUGUUCCCUCUUGAAGAUCCAGAUGCUACAAAAGAAGUUAUAGAUAGUUUGCAUGAUAAGCAGUUCUUUUUAUUGGAAAGAUUACUGAUUGAUGAAUGCCCAGAGGUGAGAGUUGUAGCUGUUGAAGGUUGUUGUCGUCUACUUUAUCUUUUUUGGGAAGUUAUACCUUCUUCAGUCAUUACAAAGACACUCACAAAAAUUACUGAUGAUAUGUCACAUGACCUAUGUGCCGACGUCAGGCUUUCAACAUUGAGUGGCAUUAUAUAUUUACUUGGAAAUCCUCAGGCUCAUGAACUACUGAAAGUGCUUCUUCCAAGAUUAGGACAUUUAUUUCAGGACUCUGUACUUGCGGUACGAUCUUCUGUGGCAGAUCUCCUCCUUGUUCUAAGAGAUAUUCGAGAUUUCCAGUUUCAUAAGGUGGUGUGCUUAGAUGAGUUAUUGUCAUGCCUUGCCAAUGAUCAACCACUUGUUGCUCAGAAAAUAACCAGGCUACUGAUACCAUCGUAUUUUCCCUCAAAAGUUGUUGUAGACGAGGCCUGCAACCGCUGUACCACACUAAUCAAAAGGUCACCCAUGGCUGGAGCAAGAUUUUGCGAAUUUGCUCUAUCUGAAGGGUCAUCUCCAAAGUCUCUUUUGGAGCUCGUCAAAUCCUCAAUUGCCUUGGCCCUAUCACAUGAUGUGAAUUCCAAACAGACGGAGGGUUUCCUGUUAGCCGCUGAAAACCUUUGUCAAAGUCUAGUCAGGGAGGCAUCUUGUAAAGGUGUUCUUAAAGAGUUCUUUUCUGGUGACAAACUCAAGCGCUUGUUUUCUCGAGCAGAUACUGAGCUUGCCCAGACUUCUGUCUUUAAAAUUGCUACCAUUGUCUCUCCAAAUGAUGCAACUGGGCUUCUUAAAGAAUGCAUGGUUGUUAUAAAGAAAUGUGGUGGGUUAUCUGAAGAUUUGGAAAGGCAAGCAGAAGUAAGGUCUGUCCACAAGUUAAUGGUGUCAUGCGGUUGGUUUGACAAACUGUUUAAAGCUUUAACAGAACUUUUGCAAACAGCUGGAUUUUGGUGCCAUACCAAAUUUGGUACCAAAACACCCAUGCAAAGUGCACCAUCAGAAAAACAGAAGAGCGCUAGGUUGUCAGCAAAAAUAUCCUCAACAAAUUCAAAAAAAGCCAAAGGGAAAAAGUCUACCAGUUCUGAUGAUAUGUCCCCUGUUGAGGAAGAUUUUGUCAUUGCGGGUGGAGCAGCAUGGCAGAUAAAAGACAUGCUAGCAUGUCCACAAACUCGUGAAGCUGUGGUAAACUCUCCAAUGUUAGAACUGGCAUUUUCUGCUCUAGAGGUCAUUUCUGAGGUCAGCAUUAAACAGUGCAUGUCAUUUGAAUACUGCGACACUUCUGCAGUUUCGGCUUACGCUGCACUUGUUCUGCACACGAAUCAUGCAAAUGAGGCAACUGGGAGAAAUGAUCUCAGUAACGAUGCAGGGUCACCACUGAAAAUGAUGGCACUGGAACUUUGUCUGGACCGUCUGUUUGAUUAUACAGAGCAACUAUUUUGUACAAGUAACUCUGGAAACUGUAACGACUCACCUGUCAAGGCUAAACUCCAAAAGGUGAAGACCUAUUCACGUCGAAAGCACAAAGGGGAAGCUCAAACAAAUACUUCAACUCCAAGUGAAACUGGAUCCAGUGUCACCGAACAGAAAAAGAUAGUCAGUAUGGUGAAAAUGGUCACCGCAGUUCUCAAGUUCAUUGUGGAUGCAACUUCUGUGGGCCUUGUUGCUCACCAGCAGGAGAGGUGCUUACGCUUUACAUCGGCCUAUUUCCAUUUCAUUAUUUCAACUUCAAGCAAACUUUCAGAUGAUAUUGAGCAGUUUAGAGAGGAGGAAAUGAGAGAAACCCUUCUUUGUCUCAAGAGUUGCUUCACAUAUGCAGCGAAAUUACUAAAUUUAUUCCUCAAAACUGUUACUAAGAAACAGCCUGAAGUAACUGAUCUAGCAAACAACAUGUUCAAUCUGAUCAUGUCAGUUGAAUUCUACUUGGGCUCAAAGAACGCAACCUGUCUUCUUGUUGCUGCCAAGCCUUGGCUUUCUGAUCUGAUACUGGCAAUGAGCUCUGGGUAUAUCUUGGCAGAAAACUUUCAUGAGUGGGAUUUUUCUGUUUUAGCAGACCAAGGUAAGAACACUUUCCUUCCAUGGAUCAGUACUCUAGCUAAGAUUGAGCUGCAUCAAUUAAGUGAUCCCAGUGAAAGUGACACAGAGAACGCUGUUGAACCAAACAAGUAUCUUGUAUUCAAGAAACUAGUAGAGAAGAUAGUUUUAACUUCACGCAAAAACCCCAAGGUACUGGGUGCAGUGGGGGUAAUGUUCUUAACUGCUUCAUCAGUCGGCCUGCAAAGAGAGGACUAUGAGUUGGUAUUUGGACUGGUACAUUUUGUUUGUGUGAAGUUAGUCAGACAUGAGAACAGAGAAUGGGAUGAACUUGAAAUGAUGUUGGCUCGUGUAAAAGAGCUAUACCGUGGGAUAGUGCAAAGUAUGAAAGAUCCAACGAUCUAUGAAGAUGGUAGGCAUAUGUUGGAGUGUGCAAGAUUGCUGCUUGAACCAGUUUGGCAGAAUUUUUUGUUUGAAGAAUAUGGCGGAGGAUCAAGCAUGGACGAAGAAGAAGAGGAAGACAUUCUGGGUUCUUAAAAGAUUUCUUGUCCCCUUGGCACUUAACAUUAACUAGGAAAUAGACAUCUUACUUCUGAAGAAUGUUUAUUCCUAUGCACAGCUGCUUAUUUAUUGUAGUUUUAACCUACAAUAUAUGUAUGGCAUUAAGGUAGCCCUUGUAUCGGAGUUGUAUAGGGUGAGCUAAUGUAGAAAUCUUUAGCACAGUUUAAGCUAAUAUCAAAAGAUUGUUAUACAAUUUUCCUCACAGUUUAAGCUAAUAUUUGGUAUGGCAUUGUAUUUAAUUACUGCCAGUUUUUUUUGCUGUUA